AUGUCCGCACAGCGAGCGAGACAGCUGAUUACUGCUGCUUAUGCGCAGUACGCCAACGACGCCAGCGCUAUCCAGCAGCUGCAGGGAGACGCUACUCUGCCACUGGUAGACCUCGCCACCAAGCUAGCCUCUCUCACGGGCAAGUCGGCUCAGAUCUUUGGCGCAGACGACAAGGCCAAGUCGACCACCACAGAAUGGCUGCAGAAGCUCGACAAGUCGGACGAGCAGCAGCUCGUCUCCUCUCAAGGCAUCAAGACGCUCAACGAGCAGCUCGACAACGUCACCUACGUCGCCGCCAAUGAGCCCACGGUCGCUGACCUUGCGCUCUUUGCCUCCAUCUACCCGGCCGUCUCCAAGCUGCCUGCCGCCGAACAGCAUGCCAAUCCUUCGGUAGCACGCUACGUCUCGCAUCUCUCCAACCUGUCUCCCGUAGCCAAGGCUGCCAACGCUGCCCAGCUGGGAUUCACCCCAUUUGAGCCGACGUACGAGGGCAUGCCCACUAUCGAGCGUGCCAAGCCUGAGGAUCUCAAGACGGCCAAGAAGGCUAGCAAGGAGGCCGCCGGCGCUGCUGCCGCUGGUAGCCUGAAGAAGGAUGUCUCCGAGCAGCAGCAGCAGCAGGAGCCCAAGAAGGAGAAGAAGGAAAAGAAGGAAAAGGCGCCCAAGGAGGCCAAGGCUGGCGGUGCAGGCGGUGGAGGCAAGAAGGGUGGCGCUGCUGCCGCCGACACCACGGGACCUCUUCCAUCGCAGGUGGACCUGCGUGUAGGCAAGAUCGUCUCGAUCGAGCGACACCCGGACGCCGAUGCGCUGUACCUGGAGAAAGUUGAUUUUGGCGAGGCCGACGGCCCGCGAACCAUCCUGAGCGGACUGGUCAACUUUGUGCCCAUCGAAAAGAUGCAGAACCGCAUGGUGAUCGGCGUGUGCAACCUCAAGCCGGCGUCGAUGCGCGGCAUUAAGUCGUACGGCAUGCUGCUCUGCGCCACGCACAAAGACGGCAAGGAGGGCGGCGUCGAGCCCGUCUCCCCACCCGAGGGCAGCCAGCCUGGUGACAAGGUGUGGGUCGAGGGCUUCGAGGGCCGCGAGCCCGAAGCGGUGCUCAACCCUAAAAAGAAGAUCUUUGAGACGAUCCAGCCCGGCUACACUACCACGGACAACAAGGAGUGCGCCUGGGUGGGUGCUCUGCCGGACGCAGCGGAUGCAGAGGCGGACAAGAAGCCUCGUCUCCUCAGGACCGAACGCGGCGUUUUGACCUCGGACUUUGUCGGUGCCUCUCUGUCUUAG